AUGAUCGGGUCUUCAAACUACGCCGUCGUCACAAUAAACAUGUUUUCCGAGAAUACAAAUUGUGGAUUUUUCAUUGGUGCUCCAUCCCUUGCUAUCGGACUGUGGUGGUUCGCCUGGACAAUUCCUGACGCUGUCAAUGGCGUUCAUUGGAUUGUUCCAACCCUGCCACUUGUUUUGAUCGGCUAUGCCGUCAAUGAAUUUGACACAGUUCUUCUCGGGUAUCUUGUGGAUAGCUAUCUCACUUAUUCAGCUAGUGGACUAGCCAUUGUGGCAACUAUCUUCUGCGCCGCUCCGCCAUUCCUCGUCUGUUACGGGGAAAUAAUUCGAGAGAGUCGCAGAUUUGCCGAUCAGACUCUGAGAAUGCAAAGUAAACUGGCCAUGAAAGAAAAUGAUUAA